UAGAAUACACGUUAUUAUCCCCUGGAUGCAGUCUCGGUGCAAAUAUAGCCAAUUCUUGUGUUCAUCAUCAUUCAUUCUGAGGGAGCAGCACCUAUCACAUAUAUUAUAUAAUAAAAUAAUAAAAUAUAUAAUAUACUAGUAUAUAUAUUUACUAGUAAUUGAAACACACCGAUCAUUGUAUCUCUUAUCGUUCAUUCCCCAAAUAUCUCACCGCCAACAACCUUUCCACUUUCCACAGGUGCAUCUUGAUGUCCUCACAAGAGGUUUGAGGUUUGAACUUCAGUAGGAAAACAUCUUAGGGGCGGCCAGGCAAUAGGUUCCAGAAGGUGCAUCUUUAAACCUUUUCCGAUCUACUUAUGGCUAAUGGAAUGAAUUCGGCUUUAAUAUCAUCUGCCAGAUCCAUGGAACAACAAUAUAUGUUAAUGAAAAACACAAACUCAGCUCAACAAAGUCGUAACUCAUCAGGUGGUCAAAUUGCUAUACUUUGGGACAUGGAAAACUGUCCUGUUCCCAGUGACGUACGCCCGGAUGACGUUGCAGGUAAUAUCAGAAUGGCCUUGCGGGUCCACCCUGUUAUCAAUGGAGCAGUUAACAUGUUCUCUGCAUAUGGAGAUUUUAACGCUUUCCCUCGAAGAUUAAGAGAAGGCUGCCAAAGAACUGGUGUGAAGCUUAUAGAUGUCCCGAAUGGCAGAAAAGAUGCCGCUGAUAAAGCAAUAUUAGUUGAUAUGUUUCUCUUUGCUCUCGAUAAUCCUCCACCGUCUUCAAUUAUGUUGGUUUCCGGUGAUGUUGACUUCUCUCCAGCACUUCAUGUACUUGGUCAACGGGGUUACACUGUAAUUCUUGUGAUUCCGUCUGGAAAUUAUGUUUCAUCUGCUUUAAGUAACGCUGGUAGUUACGUUUGGGACUGGUCUAGUGUGGUCCGUGGACAAGGGUUUGUUCCACCUUCAAGAUCCCAAGUCACUGAAAAUUCAGAGGCUAAAAAUGAAGAAGAAGCUAUCGUAUAUCGAGGGAUUUCAGUAGUAUCUCAAUCAUCAUCUGGUGAAAAUUCGAGUGAUUUGACGUGGGUACAGCCUGGAGACUUAAAUGGUGUAAAGAGUCAAUUAAUGAAGUUGUUGGAAACUUCUGGUGGACGUUUACUUCUUGGGCGUCUUCCUUCUGAGUACCAAAAAGCUUUCGGGAGACCCCUUUAUGUUUCAGAAUAUGGCAGUUCGAAACUAGUCAAUUUUUUGAAAAAGAUGAGUGAUGAGAUUUGUGUUGAAGGUCAGGGCCAUAAUAAAGUUGUGUUGCUGAAGAGAUUUUCAACGAAUGCUAUCGUGAAGCAUGAUAGGAAGGGAAAGGUUAUCCGAGAAGUAUCUUCAGAUGAGUUCUCUGAAGAUGAAAGAGUAGUUGUUGAAGAGCUGAAUGAGAAGAACAAUGAAGUUCUCAACCAGUUUAAAUAUGAACUGCAGGAUAUUCUUGUUAGUUAUUCUUGUAGGAUCUUCCUUGGUUGCUUUGAGUCGAUUUAUCAGCAACGCUACAAAAGACCACUUGACUGUAAAAAAUUUGGUGUCAGGAAGGUUGAAGAACUGUUAGAAAAGGUGAAUGAGGUUGUGUCAGUUUACGAAGAACCACUAAGUAAGAAAAAGUUCUUGAUGGCUGCUGGUCUAUAGUAUUGUAUGUGGUUUAUCGUGUGUUCAGUUCAUGAGGUCCAUGAACACAUUUCCAAAUCCAUUUGGCAGGUCAUGAACUGCUUAUUGUCUGUUGGUUCGCAAAUUAUGUAUAUUUAAAUCAAAGAUAUGACCCUGUUGGCCGCCGCAGCUGCAAUGUUGAUGAAGAGCUGAAGCCAUGGUCAUGUAUUAUGUUAAAGGACGUUUCUUACCACCACAUGUUCUUUUAGCUAAUGUGGUUCUGAACUUUAGUCAUAUGCUUACCCUAAAAGGGUAUGUACUUGUGUAAUUUCUACAUUUAUCAUUACUUCAACAAAAAACCGAAAACGAAAAAUCCAAAAAAGAACUUGGUAGGUGUUCCUUUCCUCUAUGCUUCAGAUGAUAAGGUCAGAAUGUACAGUAUCCCUUGUAUGAAGUAUUGAAGUACAUUUAAUUAGAGAAUUUUAGUAAUUAUUUCUACAGAUAAAAAUGAUAAACCAUAUUACUUCUGCUUUC